GUUUGUUGUGUCAAGUCUGAUGCUUGAAGUUUGUCUCUUUUGAAGUUGAAAACAAUCUGGAAGAAGUGACUCAAACAGUGGCAGAGAUUGAAUGUGUUGUAGUUUUCCAUGCAAACUACUAGUCAAACUGAACGGGUGUGGCACACUACUCCCCUCUUUCUCCACCACACAAGCACACACAGACAAAACCUCUCUCCGUCUGCCUCUAAGGGAAGCAUUUCACUCCCCUUUUUCCUCCCCACGAUCCCUGACCAUCUUUUUCUAUUUAAAAGACAUUUGCCUUCCUGGUUUGUUGGAAGCUGCUAGCUCAAACAUGACAAGAUCAGACAUGUAGGCUCUGGUGCUUUUGUGUGUGCUUCAUGUGUUAUAUGACGCAGUCCCAGCAGGUUUGGCAGGAUUUUUGAGCAAAGCACAAGUAGGGAGAGACAAGCGGAAAGGGAAAGGAGCUGGAGUUUUUCUCUUCCCUACGCUUAGCCUCACUUCUCCCAUUUUAACCAUUUCUUCCCGGCUUCAAGACAUUGACUUUUGGACAGAUUCAGCUCCAGUGAGAUCUCAUCUGCCUCUCAGGCCGCAGCACACCAGCAGUUAUGAACUGGUCUGGACUGGAGAGCCUGCUGAGUGGAGUUAACAAAUACUCCACCGCGUUCGGGAGGAUCUGGCUGUCCAUGGUGUUCGUGUUCCGCGUCCUGGUGUUUGUGGUGGCCGCUCAGAGGGUGUGGGGAGACGAGAGCAAGGACUUUGUGUGUAAUACCAAACAGCCUGGCUGCACCAACGUCUGCUAUGACAACAUCUUCCCCAUCUCCCACAUCCGUCUGUGGGCGCUCCAGCUGAUCUUCGUCACCUGUCCUUCUCUGAUGGUGAUGGCCCACGUCAAAUUCCGCGAAGGCAAGAACAAGAAGUACGUGGAGCAGCACAAUGGCUCCCACCUGUACGCCAACCCAGGCAAGAAGCGAGGAGGCCUGUGGUGGACGUAUCUGCUGAGUUUGGUCUUCAAAGCUGGAUUUGACGCCGCGUUUCUCUACAUUCUGUUCCGGAUCUACCACGGAUACGACUUACCCAAGUUGUCAAAGUGUUCUCUGGAUCCCUGCCCCAACACAGUGGACUGCUUCAUCAGCCGCCCCACGGAGAAGAAGAUUUUCAUGCUGUUCAUGGUGGUGUCCAGCGCCCUCUGCAUCCUCAUGUGCAUCCUGGAGAUGGUUUACCUCGUCUGCAAGCGCAUCAUCAAACUGGCAAAGGUCCGGCACGAGAACGACAGGAUCAUGUUUGCAGAGAGUCACCAGCUCAAGACCCUCUCCCCGCCCAGAUCCCAGUUUCAUGCCGACCCGACGCUGGCGGACAGCAAGAUGAGUCUAAGCAGGAGGGAAAAGACUCAGAGAGAGCACAAGACCACAUUUCUAUAGUCCACCCCAUGUGAUGGGAUAGCUGCUGGUCAACGGGAACAAGGACUAAAAAAAUGCUGUUUCUGUGUGGAGUAUUUGCAACUUCUCCUUUGGAAGGAGGUUAAAGAUGAACGUUCAUGUGGUUUGUUAGAGUUGUGCUCAUAUAUUUACCUCCACGCAUUUUCCUCAUUUCUGCUAUCAGCCCGAGUGUGCCUGGUGGAUCUCUGCAGCACAGUGAUGGACUGCUGACCACCAUUAAUCCACCUUUGGCUCACAGACAGCUGCAAUAAGCUCCAGUGGAUGCAGGGAUAUAGAUUGGUAUCUGCUGCACGGUUAAAGCCUCACGUUCCUCCUUCGUCUGCUCAUUUUGCCAGUACAGACUUCUGGGAGCUUCAGAGGGUUCUUAAAAAGCAGCAACAUAAAGUGAAUGAAAGCUUUAUAGGCUGUCAUUCUGUCCAGCAAACAGCUGCUCUGACAAACUGUCACCGAAGUGCAGUUGGAAUGAGCAGCUGUCGCACAAUCUGUCUUAGUGUCCUCACUUCCUGUUUCUUUGAAAAUCAACUUGAGCAGCUCAGACUUUCCAUUUUGUACUGGAAAUUACUUUAUAUUGUAUAUAUUUUCCUUCACUCAUACUAGAACCAGGAAAAUGAUUUUCGUUACCUGAUGACUGCAGGAAAGCUUUAUUUAAACUCAGGGUUUUUUUUUUUAUGUUUUUGGUCACGUCAGCUGAUAAAAGGAGUUCAGGAUUUGAUCUGAUUGUUUUCAGAUGCAUGUUUGAUUGACUAUUCCAGCAGGAGGACCCGAUUCACCCCCAUUCCCAGCCUGUAAAUGAGCAAAUUGGGGUUGUUUUAUUUUACGUUAUUAUAAUUUUAGUGUUUUUUUAUUUCCCUGUGAGCUUGAAGCUGCAGUUUUUUAAAGGAUCAAAGGAAAAUUAUGUCACAAUAAGGUCCAAGAUUUCCUUUCAAAACAAAUGGGGUGAGAUUUGGUUUUAUAUAUUGUUCAGAAAACUGUAAAAUAAAAUUUCAAAAAUGU